GGUUGUCAGAGUCGUGUGUUUUUUCGCCCUGGUAAGAGUUUUUUAUCCUGGCAGGCUUCCGGAUGUCCAUGGACUCUACGCUUCAGGCCCGCCUGUUCCCUGGUCUCGCCAUCAAGAUCCAACGCAGUAAUGGCUUAAUUCACAGUGCCAACAUAAGCACUGUGAAUUUGGAGGCUGCUUCUGUUUCAGUGGAAUGGACAGAAGGAGGUGCCACAAAAGGCAAAGAGAUUGAUUUUGAUGAUGUGGCUGCAAUAAACCCAGAUCUCUUACAACAUCUUCCCUUACACCAGAAGGACAAUUUGCCACUGCAGGAAAAUGUAACCAUCCAGAAACAAAAGCGCAAAUCAGUCAACUCCAAAAUUCCUGCCCCAAAAGAAGGUCUUCGAAGACGCUCCACUCGAAUGUCUACUAUCUCAGAGCUUCGUAUCACCACUCAGGAGAAUGAAAUGGAAGUGGAGGUACCUGUGUCUACAAACACCCGCAAGCAGUUUUCAGUUUCUACUGGCUCUGGUAGGCCCUCAUGCCCUGCAGUAACUGAAAUACCAUUGACGAUGAUCAGCGAGGAGGUGGAAGAGCGAGUCCAUGCCAUCCGAGGCAGCUCUUCUGCACACCCUGUGAACUCAGGUACAUACAAUGAGCUAUUUGCUAUUCUGCUCCUGAUCGAAGAACACAGGAUCUGUGUCUGUGUUAGGAAACGCCCUUUAAAUAAGCAAGAACUGGCCAAGAAAGAAAUCGAUGUGAUUUCUGUUCCUAGCAAGUGCCUCCUCUUGGUGCAUGAACCGAAAUUAAAAGUGGACUUAACAAAGUAUCUAGAGAACCAGGCAUUCUGUUUUGACUUUGCAUUUGAUGAAACAGCGACCAAUGAAGUUGUCUACAGAUUUACAGCAAGGCCACUGGUACAGACGAUUUUUGAAGGAGGAAAAGCAACUUGUUUUGCAUAUGGGCAGACAGGAAGUGGCAAGACACAUACUAUGGGUGGAGACCUGUCUGGUAAAGCUCAGAAUGCAUCCAAAGGGAUCUAUGCAAUGGCCUCCCAGGAUGUCUUCCUCCUGAAGAAACAGUCCCGUUACCGGAACCUGGGCCUGGAAGUCUAUGUGACCUUCUUUGAGAUCUACAAUGGGAAGCUGUUUGAUCUGCUCAACAAAAAGGCCAAGUUACGUGUGCUGGAGGACGGCAAGCAACAGGUGCAGGUGGUGGGGCUGCAGGAGUACCUGGUUAACUCUGCUGAUGAUGUCAUCAAGAUGAUCAACUUGGGUAGCGCCUGCAGGACCUCUGGGCAAACAUUUGCCAACUCCAACUCUUCCCGCUCCCAUGCCUGCUUCCAGAUACUUCUUCGAGUCAAAGGGAAACUAUAUGGCAAGUUUUCUUUGGUAGAUCUGGCAGGAAACGAACGAGGGGCAGAUACUUCCAGUGCUGACCGGCAAACCCGAAUGGAGGGUGCAGAAAUCAACAAAAGUCUUCUGGCCCUGAAGGAGUGUAUCAGGGCCCUAGGACAGAACAAAGCUCACACCCCAUUCCGAGAGAGUAAACUGACACAGGUGCUGAGAGACUCCUUUAUUGGGGAGAACUCAAGGACUUGCAUGAUUGCUAUGAUCUCACCAGGCAUAAGCUCCUGUGAAUAUACUUUAAACACACUACGAUAUGCAGACAGAGUCAAGGAGCUCAGCCCCCACACCGGGCCCAGUGGAGAGCAGCCAAUUCAAAUGGAAACAGAAGAGAUGGAAACCAACUGUAAUAGGGCUCUGAUCUCAAGCAGUUUCUCCAAGGAAGAAGAUGAACUGUCUUCCCAGAUGUCCAGCUUUAAUGAAGCCAUGACACAGAUCAGGGAGCUGGAGGAGAGAGCUAUGGAAGAGCUUAAGGAGAUUAUACAGCAAGGACCAGGCUGGCUUGAGCUCUCCGAGAUGACAGAGCAACCAGAUUAUGACUUGGAGACCUUUGUAAAUAAAGCGGAAUCUGCUCUCGCCCAGCAAGCCAAGCACUUCUCAGCUUUGCGAGAUGUCAUCAAGUCCUUGCGAUUGGCCAUGCAGCUGGAAGAGCAAGCUAGCAAACAAAUAAGCAGCAAGAAACGGCCCCUGUGAUGACUGAAAUAAAGAUGUUUGGUUUCACACGAAGGGUCUGAGCAGGGACACAUUUUGGUAAAUGCCAAGUGUAGGCAUUGGGCCUAGGGCAGCUGGGAAAGGGACACGACUUUGCUUUUCUUUGAUUUGGAGCAGGAGGAAAGAGCUUUUAGGUAAGCUGUAUGUUGCCCUUUUCUCUCCACUGAGAGGGGCACGCUCACUGGGUACUGUAUUUUCCCUGGCAGUGGACUAGCUGCUUCUGCAGGCUCCCCAAGGUUGUCUUAGCUCUGGGAAAGAGAAGGAGCUCUUAUCCUAUCUCUUGGCUGUUCUGUAUACCCUUAGAUUAUGUAGUUGCAUGUUUUAUACUUUGUAAACUGUUUCUGAGACCUCUUUCUUCCUUUCUGUUUUUGAAGCCCAAGAUGCUUUAUAUAUU